UCCCUGGCACGUACUGUAGCGGGGGUAUACAUGUGCAAGAGUGUGGAAAUCCAGCUACGCUGCAGAUAUUUUUUCGAAAAGUUUGCUAUCCUGCUGUCAGCUGGAAGGGAACAGUUGUGAAGUUGAUAACGUCGGAGAUUGUGUGUUGUGGGUUUCUGCAGUCUAAAAUAUUAUGACAGUUGAUUAGGGCCUGUUAAAAUGUUACUGUUUCGUAUUAUUGAAAUUUUGUGCUUCGCUGCAGUGCUCUCGGCCGAUAAUACUCCACUAACAACAGAGAAGCCCAACAGUUUGCAACAGGGUGCAUUUAAAACAGAUGUGCACGAUAUAACUGGGCUUUUUGAGCCCAAUGCAAAAUCUGUAAAUGGCUCUAAACAAAACUUUGAACAUCGUCCGAUUGCCUUAGAAGGAGGUUCUUCUGUUAUUGCCAACGAUACAAUAGUUUCAGAAUCGAAGAGACCGAAGGAAUUGGUUCAUAAAACCAUUUCUGAACAAACUUUGUUUGACAAUGGUACAGGUAUAACUACAAAUCAUUCUAAUAAUUUCCAUGAAGCUAUUCAAACCGAAGGUGGAUUACUGGAGAUACCUGUAAGUACAGCAGCAGCUGGCGAAACCACCAAACUGGUACCGAGUGAAACAAAUGAUUUUAUCAAAGAUUCUUUCCCGUUAAAUGUGGGAGAAGUAAGUGAUCAUCCAUCUGUGGUACCAAGAAAGGGUGUCUCGCCAAAAAUUGUGCCGAGAAAAGGAGCAGAGCCGUAUGAACCAUUUGUUGACCUAGAUGACAACACAGAAAUGAAAUUGGCAUGCAACUGUUGUGAAACGCACAGUUCUGAACAAAACAUUGGAAAUUAUACGUCAGACCCGAGAUGUGUUUCAUGUUGUAACACAACAGGCAGUAAAAAGUCAAGUACUUCAACCACAGGAUUAAAAAAUGACACUAUAGAGUUCAAAAGUACAGGUAACAGCAGUAACCAUGAUGAUUUCAAAAUAUCCAAUAAUAGCGUUAACUCUACAGAUUUCAAAAGCGAAGCAACGCUAAACGAGUCCAAUUCACGUGAUGUGUAUAGAGCUUACCCUCCUCUGAAGAAAAAGUCCAAGCCACUUGUUACUUCAGAUACUGACAUUGAAAUGAAACAACAAAAAAGUCCACAGUCUUCAAGUUCAGAGAAAAGUGACUUUGUAAUACCUGUGGUUUUGUUAAUUUUAGCGGUACCUGUAGUAGUCGUCCUAGCAAUGCUUUUUUACAGAAAAGGAACAGAAUUUUGGGAACGAAGGCAUUAUAGUAAAAUGGACUUUCUUAUUGAUGGAAUGUACAAUGAGUAAUUCAUAACCACUGCUGUUUUGGUAAAAAGAAGGUGACUGCGAUAACUGGAAUGUAUUUUAUUUCCCGACAUUUUACGUGGUAUAUCCUAUGCCGUCCUUAAUGACCUUACUGUCACUGUGACUUUAAACCCUAGAAAAAAAAAUUGUAUGUUGAAACAUGUUGUGUACCUGUCAGUUGCAGAAUGUUGUAGAUAAAGUUCUCACGACUGAACGUUUUAAAAAUUCAAACUUUGCAACUAGACUUCUUGUGAUGAUAAAGGAAACUGAACUGGUGAUGGCACGUUGUAAAAGGCAGGUAAAUUAUAGCAGUGCUUUGGUAACAAAAAAGCUAUAUUCAGCCUUUUAUCUGGGAAAAUACUGUGAGUUACCUAGCUACAUAUUAUAUGUGUAUUCCUUUUUAAAAUCCAAUAAAACUAAUUUAUCUGCUGUAAUAUAAAUUAUGAUUAAAUCGGUUAACUUUCAGUAAGAGCCAUAAUAGAAAUUUGUAAAAUGUGUUUCCUAGAUUACUAUAAUUAAAAGAAAGGAAAGUCAUCUGCAUCACCCUACCACAGCUGAAAAUUCAUUGUUCUGAAGAAUAAAAUGAAAAAUAAUAAUUUAUAGAUAAAGCCUUUGACAAUUAUACAACUAAGACCUCUAUUAUUUGCCGGAAAUAAAGCUGAUAGUCAAAAGUGUAGCCCAGUGAGUGCAAGACAUUGUUUGAAAAAGUUGAAGUUUGUAUUUUAGGAUUUGACACAUUUUUGAUGACAAUAAUAUAUACAUAUAGUGCGUAAUCAAUGUUGCAAGAAAGGAAGAGAAGAUGCAGCAAGAACAUUGCUUUGUAUCAACACUGCCUAUUCUAUAUUUAACAUGUCGACUGCCACGAAGCUGCUGGCAGCCUCAGCACAGUCUUCUGCUGUAGUUGGUGGCAGUCAUAUGGUAUUCAACAUGUUAAAGAAGUAUUGCAAGAACAAAAACAUCAGUACAUGUGAGAAAUCACCCUGUACUGUUUUGUUGUAGAGCUCUUCUUUCUUGAUUACUUUCUAUUUCAGUGAUAUAGUGCUCAAGGUCUUAGCUGUAUUAUACAGUUAUGUUGUUUUACAUUUAGAGCACAUUGUUUUACUGUGGGGUCUUUUACAACCUCAGCCAAUAAAGAUUAAUGUAUCCAUUAGUUUUAUUACAUCUGUUCUAUCAAGACAAAAACACUCAGUCGAGAACUGUUUUACUGAAUUUUGCAGUUCACAAAUUGUUAUACAGAGACCAACUUUUUGAGUUUUAUGUGUGUAUGUAUGUAUGCAUGCGUGCACUAAAGUUGAAGUAAUUUUUUUAAGAAAUAUGCUGUGCAUUGCUGGUGGUUACAGAGAAAAUUUAAAAUAAAUUACAGAUACCAACUUCUCAGAAUGAGACUAAACAUGCAGCCAAAUACAUGUUCCAUGUUUAUUGCCAUAGUCACUCAAACAUAGUAAAACCAACAGAACUACUGUCAUUAGGAAUCUGAAAUGCUUUUGAGCUAAUGAAACCACUUGUUCAUGAAAGCAUGUGUUUUUCAGUUGUAUAUGAGAAUGAAUAUGCUUUUAUGAUCAGAAAGAAGUUGUUAUAUUUAUUAAACAUAUUGACUGCCGCAUUCAUACUGAUGAAUGUUUCACCGCCAGACGUCGGCGGCAGGCUUUAGUUCUACUGUGGCUGGUGGCAAGUUAAUGGUGUUAGGCAGAAGGACCUUCUGUGGCCUUGUGACAGUCGUCAUGUUAAAGUAGACUCUGAAACAAGAUCUUUUAUUUAUUUUGAAUCCUCACCAAUCCGUAAGAAGGUUGUUAACCCCCUAACUUACUGCUUCCUCUUUAAAAUGUUAAAAAUGUUUCCAAACUUGUGCUUGUGAACUGUAAGUCAUGCAAUUGAUGUAAUAUGUAGCAAUGUAAAUGGGCAUGAACUUUUUGUUAUAUCAGUUGGGCAUAUUUCAUUUAAUAUUCAAAACCCUCAUGAUUAUUAAAUUUUCAGCUAUUGUUUGGCUAAAAAAGGGGGCGGGGAUUUUAAUGCACCCUCAGUUUUUAAGAUUUCCUGACAGAAAACAUGGAUGAAUGUAAGAAAACUCGGAAAUGUUUGAAUGAGGUGUAUAAUCUGCUUUAGAAAACACAUGUAUCAUCAGACGGUACUCACAGUAACAUAAAAACAGGGUACAUCUGCCGUAGCGCAAACUACUUGUACACAUAUUCUUAAAAAAUAUGUUACAAGGUUAGCAGGCAAUGCUGUACAUUCUGAGAUCAAGUGAGUUAUUCUGACAACUUUAACUGUACAGAACAUCUAUGUAUUUCAUUAAUAAAUGGAAAACAUAAUGCGCCUUGUACUGGAACAGAGUUGUGCCUAUUCUAAGAAAUUGGACUAUUCAGAAACUGAAAUAACUCAUUAAUGUCUUAAUCCUUCUAUUCAUUACUCAAAAGUCCAACAACAAGGAAAGUGACAAUCUGUUUGCUUAUAUACUAAUAAAAUUCAAGUCUGUGAUUAAUUUGCCUGAUUUGUUUCCAGUUAUUUUCCUUUCCUUAUUAUGAUCCUUGCAUUUAACAUUUCCAUACAUACCUUGUAAAGAAGUACUUUAAUUUUAAGUGUCUGCAAUUAUGAUUGUCAGCCUUUUUGUACAGUUUUUUUUUAUUAUUACAUACUGGGACCAACAAUUAAAAUAGUCUUUACUGUAAACCUUAAUCAUCAUUGGGUGCAAGGUUUAAUAUUAUACAUGACUUUUUUAUGGUGUGUUAGUAAUGCAGUUCGUAAUUUUUAAGUUACCGCCUAGUUUGCUUGCUUGCUUGUGUCAAUCAUACAGUUUGUGUGAAUCCAAGGCCACUGAAAUUAUGUAUCAGUGUAACAACUCUACAAGAUGUUAGAUACUGAAAAAGUCUCUGCAUGAGGGCACAGAGAAUGAACAUAUCCUAUUGUACAAAUCUUGCUGUUCUCAUAGCCCUUGUAUGACUAUAAUGUAGCUCAUUCAAGAGCUGUAUAAACAUGAUCCUUAGGUUAUAUAAAAUUUGAAUAGUUUGUAUGAUGGGUAUCUCUAUGUUUGGAGGUUAUAUAAAAUUUGAAUAGAUUGUUUGAUGGGUAUAUCAGUGUUUUGUUGCUGCAAGGUAGUGGCACUAUGUAUUAAUUCACAUUUACAGCUUGCCGGUAUUGCUAUGAUUGAUCAUUAGCUUUUAAUAUUUCUUAAAAUUGGGGUGGGGGGAGAUAAUGACGAAACGAGUGUGGCAUCACGUGAUGUGCACUAUAACACAGAAUUCAGUUGGGGUGGCCUUCAAAAGGCUGGAAAUAAUGCAGUGUCAGAAAUUACACGUUAAUGAUAAAGACUGCCAUAUUCAAAUGUAAUCUGCAAUACUUGUAUCUAGUUUUGCAAAUCAGUACCAUCUUGUUUAAUACUGUAAUAAAGGUUGGCAGUUUUAGUAUUAGAUUUGUUAGCUCACAUAAAUAAUUUCAACAUAUUUUUGUAUUGUAUAUAUGUCAAUAAUUUUUUAUUGUUUUCUAAUGUAAUGUGAUUGUAAAUAAUGCCUUGAGUAAAUCUUGCGAAGAAAAUUAUAAA